AUUCAAACACUGGGAUGUCUGUUCCAUAAAUAUCCACACUGCUUUCCCACUUUUUAUUACCUGUGGUAUUCUUAUAACAAGUGUGAUUUGUCCUGUGUGCUGCGAAUCACGACCUUAUGGCCCUUUUUAUUUACUACAGCACAUCUUCACAGCACUACAGAGACAAUAAUUGAACAUUUUGUUAGUGGAAUUCAAAAAAACCAAAGGAAAGACAAAAAUUCUCAAGUCAUAGAGGUCCUCUAAGUAUUGCUUGAGUUUUCCUCUGUAUUGGUUAUGAUCAAAACCAGUAUAAUAGAUGGACGUUGCCUCUGUGACGUCACUCGCUGAUUGUUGACGUCCUGUUUCCACCAUUGCUAUCUUGGUUGCGAAUAACCAAAUGUGUCAAAACUUUUCAUUAGCAAGUUGUUAACCAAUGAGUGAGCAGUAAAUCUAUUUUUCCCCCCAAUCAGAGCUAUCGCCAUCUUGUGGCCUUCAGGUAGAAUGCAAGAAUAAGGCACCCACAUUUGCUUCUGUUGUUUUGUUUUUUUAACUACAGUUAACUUAUUUUACUAUUGAUGGACAGGAUACUGCCACCAGAAAAAUGUGUAUUUCCUCACCUGCUGGCGGCUGGUUGCUGGAUGGCUGUCAUUAAUUGAAAUCAGCAACACCAAAAACCUACUUACAAUUGCAUUCGAUGUUAUCAGCCUCAAGUUUGCAUGGAAGAUCCACAGCUGACUACAACCAAUUGUUGACUACUUGCUGAAAAGUAGAGAAACUAAAAAAAGGCACAACUUUUACUUUGAUGGUGAAUUGUCUCCAUUUGUGUGCAACUUUUCACAAUUUUACAUCUACUCCAGGAUUAGCUAGUCUCUGGAGACAAAUCCCAAACUGCCAACAACCAAACUGGUCACAAUGAGUUUUUCAUCAGCCAGUCGGGGAAUACAUUCUUCCCCAUCAUGGCCAGUAGAUGACCAAUGGUCAUUGACCAGUCUGUAGGGCUGUGUGACUGGGACCUUAUUCACUUAAUGCUCCAGGGUCACAUGCUCGAAAGAAGAUAGAGGUCAUAUGAUUGAAAGAACUUAAUAACUGAAAAAGAACAAAGAAAUACAUGUAAAACGUCUUAAGACAUCACCUCACCCGAACUGCAUAAAUGCGUAUCAAGAAGUCAAAGGAAGUCCAGAAGUACUUCAUCAAUUUAUUAAGUAAUUUUGUAAAAAUUGUUUUAUUGCUAACAGGUAGCUUGAGGUUUUUCUAGAAGGAGAGUUCAUCAGUAGUGAGAUAACGUCUGGGCUAAAUGAGAUUAAAACAAAGAACGUUUUAAAAGGGAUUUUAUUUAAAAAAAUGUCUGUUUGCUAACUUUCAGUAAGUGUAACGAGUGUUAGCAUGCUGACCUGUGAGAAUUGGCCCCAAACACAGAGCAGAGCUAGUGCUUAUGGGAAUGCAGUGAUAUUGAGUGGAAGACAGAGACUGUGAAUCAAGUAAUUAUGAUGGGGGGCAAAGGUGGAACUGAAUUAACAAAGUUACAGUGACUAUGCACAUAGAAGGAGGUGGUUGGGGUCGAUGGAGGGUCAGUAAAACACAGUUAAGUUCCCAUUUCAAACUGUUUGAAUUAAGCAUAAUUAUUCCAUACACUUAAGGAGAAUUUUUUGUGCUUUUCUCAAAAUACUGCGGCAUACAUUCAUAUUAAAAAUUAUCAAGACUUCAAAUAAUAUGUGAUUACUUUGUUAGAGUAAUCACUCAGUUUUCUUGCUCUGACUAGUUAGUUUUCAAAAGUAUCCUACUUUACCGAUGAGCAGACUUGUCUUAACAAAGUACAGGAAGUAGUAGGAAGUUGCUCAUAAUCAUUGGGUGCUGCCCCUUGGCUGUUUUCCCAGAAGUUGUCCAAUCAGAAGAAAGUGGCCAUUUAAGGUGGGAUCAGUAAAAGGCAGUAAAAUGAAAUAAGGGGCUACAUAACGGGCCAGUAUGAGAUAAAUAAAACUCUUUAUGAACUGUGACACAGAAUGUUAGUCUGAUGGUGUCACAGAGUGAAAGUAGAAAGCUGGGAAUGAGUUUACCUGGUCCUCUGUAAUGGCAUUUUAAGUUGCCUCAUGGCUCCAUCUGUGUUGCAACCCAGUAACAGGGCAAAAUAGACACACCAGUCCACUGUGUACAUUUCAUGCUUUGCCUCUCCAAAAACUGAAAUGGACACACAGGCAGAAGUUGCUUUACCAGCAGGGGGAGAUCAUAUUGCUUUCUUCAGUAAAACUGGCAGAGCAAAAGUGCAAACCCAUAAACUACUAAUCCACAAUGAUGCUUUAAUGAUCUUUUAGCUACUAUAUUAUAUACAGCUGACAAAGAAAAUGAUACUGAAGUCAGCUGCUGUUCUUUGUCAUAAAGAUUCCUGUACAGCGGAUGGCAAACUCUACUCCAACAAUCAGAUAUGGAGCCCAGAGCCGUGUCGAGUCUGUUUGUGUGAAAUGGGGACGGUGGUUUGUGAGGACAUGGUGUGUGAGGAUAUAGGUGACUGCCAGACCGCAGAGAUCCCAGAGGGCGAGUGCUGUCCCGUGUGCUCAGUCACUCAAACUGACACCUGCACAGAAAAUGGAAAAGUCUAUGCUGACAAUGACAUGUGGAGCCCAGAGCCAUGUCGGGUGUGUGUGUGCAAUAAGGGGACCGCCAUGUGUGAGGAUGUGGUUUGCGAGGACCUCGGUGACUGCCAAAAAACGGUGACCCCAGAGGGCGAGUGUUGCCCUGUGUGCUUGACUGCAGCUUCAACAUUGAUUCCCAGUACAGACCCCGCAACAGCUGCAGAUGAGAAGAAGGAGGAAAACUGCAAAGUCAAUGGGGAGGUCUACCAUCACAAUGACAUCUGGAAACCCGAACCUUGUCGCGUGUGCGUCUGUGACAACGGCGUCACUGUCUGUGAUGAGAUACAGUGCGAGGUCCUGUCAAACUGUGAGAAGGCUGUCACGCCCGCGGGAGAGUGCUGCCCUGUGUGCGACAACUUCGCAAGUGCCAGCAGGAUGAUAGAAAUUAUGGGCCUCAAGGGGCAAAAGGGUGAACCAGGAGACAUCCCAUAUGUGGUGGGGAUUCCUGGACCUUCAGGACCCUCGGGUCCUCCAGGGGCUCAGGGAAGCCCUGGACCAAGAGGCUUUAAAGGCAGACGGGGUUUCCCAGGGCCUCCAGGAUUUGAUGGUGAGCCCGGUAUACCAGGAAAUCCAGGAGAACCGGGACCACCUGGGCAUCCCUCGCACCCUGGGGGUAACCUGGUGACACAGAUGGCUUCGGGUUUUAGCGAGAAGUCGGGUCCAUCUGCAAUGCUAACAGGAUCCAGGGGUGAAGCAGGACCACGAGGACUUCCAGGACCGUCUGGACCACCAGGUCCUGCUGGUGGUCAAGGAAUUCCUGGAGAAGCUGGAGAUCCAGGACUGAUGGGGGAGCCGGGUCAUCGAGGACCUGAUGGACCACCAGGAAAACCUGGACUUGAUGGACAACCCGGACCUGCAGGAGCAACCGGAGAACCAGGAUACCCAGGAUCAGCGGGUGCAAGAGGAUUCCCAGGACUUCCAGGUAAUCCAGGACUGAGAGGGCACAAAGGACACAGUGGACUUGUUGGACCAAGAGGCAAGGCUGGAGCAGCUGGAGUGAAGGGUGCUUCUGGUACUCCUGGUGCAAUGGGAGCUCCUGGUCCAGUGGGACCACCUGGGAUGCAGGGAGAAAGAGGCCGAGCCGGAACGACCGGCUCUGUGGGUAAACGUGGCACACCCGGCCAUGUUGGUAAACCAGGUCCUCUGGGGCCAAUAGGAAUCCCUGGUAUACCAGGAUUUCCCGGUAACCCUGGAAUGAAGGGUGAAGCGGGACCGACAGGGGUCAGAGGAAGUCCGGGACAGCAGGGGCCAAGGGGCGACGUUGGGCGUGUCGGGCCACCUGGACCCAUCGGACAGCAGGGCGCGUCAGGACAGGAUGGAGCUCUGGGUCCCCGCGGCUCAGCGGGUAUAGCCGGUCUCCAGGGUCCACCUGGUAUGGUUGGUCCCCCUGGCCCCCCCGGCCCCCAGGGUUCAACAGGAGCUCUUGGAGCAAAAGGCCAACUGGGUGAUGUUGGAGCUCCUGGAUUCAAGGGAGAGGCUGGAUUGAAGGGAGAGCGGGGUGACCAUGGUGCACCAGGUCCCUUAGGGCCCAUGGGAGAAGAUGGAAAGCGUGGACCCCGAGGUGAUGCUGGAUCCAUCGGGCCUCCAGGAUCCCCAGGAGAGACAGGACCACCAGGAAAUAGGGGUUUCCCUGGUGCUGACGGUUUACCAGGCCCAAAGGGAGCCCAGGGCGAGAGAGGGCUGCCAGGAUCUUCAGGCGCCAAAGGUUUAUCUGGAGAUCCAGGACGCAACGGAGAGUCGGGCUUGACAGGAGCUCGGGGUCUCACAGGUCUCAUAGGUGCCCAGGGAGCAGAGGGGAAGCAAGGACCGGUGGGAUCCGCUGGAGACGACGGCAAACAAGGCCCAGCUGGUUCAACUGGAAACAGAGGCCCAGCUGGGCCGAUGGGCCUGCCGGGACCAAAGGGCUUCCUAGGUGAUGCUGGGAAGGCUGGAGAAGCUGGAAGUCCAGGAGCUCCAGGUCAAAGGGGACCAAAUGGAAAAGAUGGAGAGAGAGGCGCCGCCGGCCCACCUGGCCCAGCUGGUCCUGCAGGGAAGAGAGGAGAGCAGGGAUCUCAGGGAGUGUUUGGCUUCCAGGGUUUGCCCGGAACACCAGGCCCACCUGGAGAGUCAGGAAAGCCAGGUGACAAGGGUCUUGCAGGAGAGAUUGGGGAAGUUGGCGCUACAGGACCAAGAGGAGAGAGAGGUUCUCCAGGAGAAAGAGGUGAAACUGGGCCCAAUGGGCUGCAGGGACCCAAAGGUAGUCCAGGUGCACCCGGACCAGAUGGGCUAAAGGGUAGCCAUGGACCCAAGGGUGCUGCUGGAGAGCCAGGAGGUCCAGGACUUCAGGGGAUCCCAGGAGAAAGAGGCAUACCCGGAUCUUCAGGCCCGAAGGGAGAUGCUGGCGCUACUGGAGAAAAAGGACCAGAAGGAAAGGCGGGGGCUGAUGGAGCGAGGGGGCUUCCUGGUCCCAUUGGACCUGCUGGUUCCAGUGGACCAAACGGAGUGAAGGGUGAAACCGGCCCAUCCGGACCAACAGGGCGCAGAGGAACAAGAGGAAUCGCUGGAUCUACCGGUGAGCCUGGUCCAACUGGUGCUGCUGGCUUCCCUGGACCUCCUGGUCCUGAUGGUCAGCCUGGGGUCAAAGGUGAAACAGGUGAGACAGGUCUGAAGGGAGAAGCAGGAUCACCUGGACCUCAGGGCGUGGCUGGAAAACCAGGAGAACAGGGACCUGUUGGUGUGACCGGGCUGAAAGGUGGCAGAGGAACAAAGGGUCCAACGGGCUCCCCCGGUUUUCCUGGAUUGCCUGGAGGAGUUGGUCCACCUGGUCCUCUUGGUGCAGUUGGAGCAGACGGGCCUAUAGGUGCUCCAGGAAAGCAGGGUCCUCCCGGGAUUCGAGGAGAGAACGGAGGUCAGGGACGUCAAGGCGAGCAUGGACCUCCAGGGCCACCCGGCGGAUCUGGAGAGAAAGGAGAAUCUGGAGAGGACGGUCCUCCUGGUCCUGAUGGGCCUCCAGGACCUGCUGGCGCCGCAGGGCAGCGAGGAAUUGUCGGCCAACCCGGAGUCAGGGGAGAGAGAGGCUUGCUGGGACUGCCAGGUCCUGCUGGUCAACCGGGAAAAGCAGGAGCACCUGGACCUCAGGGAAGCACUGGUCCUCCUGGGGGUAUCGGUUUACCAGGAGCCACUGGGCCAAGAGGAGAUCCUGGACCCGAGGGUAUUGUUGGAGCUGAGGGGCCUCCUGGUAAGGACGGCCUAGUCGGAGAAAGGGGUGACAGGGGCAAUCCUGGCCCAGAGGGUCUGGCUGGUGGUCCAGGGUCUCCAGGUACUGAGGGUCCAGUGGGAAUAACAGGCAGUCCAGGUCAAAUGGGUGUAAAUGGUGAAAGAGGCCCUCCUGGACCCCAAGGACAGCCAGGAAUACGGGGAAAAGUUGGCCCUCAAGGACCACAGGGGGACAAAGGAGCUGCUGGAGAGCCUGGGGAGAGGGGUCAGAAAGGUCACAGAGGAUUCACCGGGCUCCAAGGCCUGCAAGGAACAGAAGGUGCCACAGGAGACGCAGGAGCUAUAGGAGUCGUUGGACCAAGCGGUCCGAGGGGGCCUCCUGGAGUGGUCGGUCCUCCAGGUAAGGAAGGAAACAUUGGCCACCCUGGAGCUAUGGGUCCUCCUGGAAGCAGAGGGAGCAGCGGAGAUGUCGGAGCACAGGGCCCACCUGGUGAACCAGGCCCCCCUGGCCCUCCAGGAUCCCCAGGACCUCCCACCUCACUUUCUGAAGACCUUUUUGCUGGCCUGGUCGAUUACGAAGCACAAGGAAUUCCUGAAGCCGUGGAAUUCAUUGAGGACGCUGUGGCCGCAGAACCUCCUCUGCUUCCCGAGUUCAACAAAGAUGAAGCCCUUCCCAACAAGAACUCGGCCACACUGCGGGCAGACACCGGCAUCCACGCCACGCUGAAGAGCCUCAGUGGAAAUCUGCAGAACUUCCGCAGUCCUGACGGCAGCAAGAGGAACCCUGCCAAAACCUGCCAGGACAUCAAGAACUGCUACCCACAGAAAAGCAGCGGUCAGUACUGGAUUGAUCCAAACCAAGGAAGCGUAAAAGAUGCCAUCAGGGUCUUCUGCAAUAUGGAGACUGGUGAAACCUGCAUCUCUGCCAACCCACCCAACAUUCCCCGCAAAGCCUGGUGGACGAAAUCAAGGCCCAAUGACAACAAACCCAUCUGGUUCGAGGCUGACAUGAACGGUGGCACCAGGUUCCGCUACGGCAACAAGGAGGAACAACCAAACGCGGUGGCCGUGCAGCUGAAGUUGCUACAGCUUUUGUCCAAAGAGUCGCACCAGAACGUCACCUACCACUGCAGGAACAGCGUUGCUUACAACGACGAGAACAGUGGGGAUCUGAAGAAAGCACUGGUCCUCAGAGCCUUCAAUGGUCAAGAACUGAGAGCUCAAGGCUCCAACCGGCUACGAUAUACUGUCAUUGAGGACGGCUGCUCGAAAUCAAAUGGCGCAUGGGGUCGGACGGUGAUUGAGUACAGGACUCAAACUUCAACCAGGCUGCCUAUCAUGGACUUGGCCCCCAUGGACAUCGGACAAGCUGAUCAGGAGUUUGGCCUGGACAUCGGCCCUGUGUGCUUCUCAUAAAACAAGAAUCCCCAGCACAGGGUUGACUGAAACUGAGUAACAUCAUCAUCAGGGAUUAUGGGGAACAGGACAGGGAAGGGGGGACUUCUUUUUCUGGGAGAAAGACGAAGGCCAGAUGUUUCACAGAAGUUGUUGAAGCACAGCGAACGAGAGCUUCGCAACCGCUAGGAUAUAAUUUAUUCACCUCGUCGAUAAAUUCACCAAACUCUAGACAAGUUCUCUGCAGUUUAGAUGGAAUGUAACCUUGCAUCAACUGUGGAAAAGUCUUUGCAGACGAGUUAACAUAAGAAGUGAAGGUUUACAGUGAAUAAAAGCAUUCAAACCUUUUCAUUUUUAUGGCUUUUUUUUUUCAGUACAUGCACAUCCAAAGGCCAGGAUAGAGAGACAGAGAGAGAGAGAGAGAGUUAACAGUAGUUAUUAAUUUUCAUUGAAAAGUAUGUUUGAACUAAAUUAUUAAGUUUUGUGCAGAAACUCAUUUAGCGGAAACCAUUUGUAUCUCCUUUUUAACACGACUGUAAAUGCGAGGAAUGACUGUAAAUGGCAAAUUAUUUGUUUAUUGUUGACUAUGGAUGUUUGAAUAAAAUGUCUUUCUUUGGA